AUGGCUGAUCAAGAACUCGACGACCCUCUGGAUGCUUUCCCCCAACCGAAGCGAUUCAAGUAUCAGUCCUAUCAACAAGCCCUCAAAGAUGUCCACCUACCGUCAACUUUCAAACAGAGCCACCUGGACCAUGAAGUUGGCGACAACGAAUCCCAUUUCCAUGAAGCACUCGACCACUGGCGGCAGCUCAACCUCUCCCCGAGCUUCAUCCAGUUCGCAAAAAGAGCAGAUGGGCUGUCCGCCUCGAUGCCCCUGCUACUUCAUAACUGGCGCGAGAUAUACACACACUGGUACGAGUCAUUCAAGAGUGCAGACGACGAGGGUCUGCGCGUGUUACUAGACUUGCUUCAGAUGUUGGCGCACGACCUUCGAACGACCCUUUCCCCAAUUUACACCGAACUCCUCCAAUCCCUCCUUUCCCUGCUACCGCGCUCCAUAUCGCCCCCGGCUUUGACCACGUUACUCGAAACCCUCGCGUCCAUUUUUCGAUACCUCCUCGUCCCAGACAUCAACACGGCGCUGUUGGAGGAGACAUGGAAGUUGAUGUCUUCCACCCUUCCAAAGUGUCAAGACGAGAUUCAAAGAGCUGUCGCCGAGGUUUGGGGAGCUGUUCUCAGACGUAUGAAAACGAAUACACGAGAACGGGCGGUUUUACUGUUAGCAGAGCACACGAGAGAAGUGCCGAAUGCGAGUGCGUGGGUUGUGGUAUACGCCUGCAGGUCUGUUUCGCAAACGCUGCACACUUGCGCUGCCUCCGUCUUUUCCCCUCUUCUAUCAUAUCACGUCGCUGUAUCGGAUCCUAAACCGACAUACACGCUUCUUCGACGAGCAUUAACGGCGCUGAUUCACCAUGUCAAGAAUUCGGAGCAAUUUGUUCCUGUUGCGGAGCUCGUCGUACAGAAGCUUUCGACAACUGACAAGACUGACGUUGAACAACUUCGGCGGGUGGUUGAGGUGGCCUCAGUUAUUUGCAGUGUUCGGCAGGGGUCAAGAUUAACGGAUGCGCAUAAGGUCGUUCUUUUCGCCGACUUGAAUUCUCUUGCUAUCAUUCCCGUGCUCUAUAGCUCCAUUCUUCGUUUUGCGACUUCUCUCUAUCUUACAAGCGAGAUGCCUCUCUGGCUUGGCCCUGGUCUGAAAUUUCUUCAAAGCACAUGGAACUCACAAAUAUCAACCUCCUUCGCACUUAAACUGAACCUAUGCCUCGCGGACUCGGGAUGGAGUGGCUGGAAGUUGAUUGCACAGCCACUGGUGAUGAAGGCAAUUGUCAAAGCGGAUUUGUGUUUGCUAGACCGCGAGCUGGUUGGUUUUCUAGGAGCGCUAAGGAGGGCGAAGAAAUUGGGGGCGCCUGCAGAGGUUGAUGUGGUUUGGAAGAAGAAGAUCGAGACUAUGGUUAUUGGGAGGUUGAAAAGUGGUCAUUGGCGGCAUGGCUCGCUUGAUGAAGCGGUGGUAGAAUUGGAUGAUAUGCUGGUCUUGUCCCCAUACUUCUCCAAUGCCGUCACACUUCCUAUUAUCGACAUUAUCAACGCGAGUUUGGAUGCUACGGAUUCUGAUGCUCGGGUCGUAGGGUUGUGCAUGCAGGCACUUUCGGAGCGCGAUAUGUCAGAGUGGAGUGGCAAGGUCGAUGUGGGGUCAUGGGCCAGGAGGUGUACGGAAAGAUGGGCCUCGGCUCAAGUCCUGGACGGAUUGGUCUCCCUUGCACAGGCGAAUCCUUCAACCAAGCAUGUUCCUGUUUCUCAGAUCUACCCCCACCUACGCCCUGCCUUGAUAUCCCAUUCACGUGCUCACAGACUUGCUGCUCUCCGACUCCUCGAUUCGCCACUCAUCAACCCUGCGCAUGAUCAGAUUGAGGUCCUUAAACGCUGCCUUCAAGGCGAGGAAGUCUCUUUGGAUAUUCAAGGUGUACGCGAACGCGUCCUGCGUAUCGGUCGAGUGGGCCAGGUCGUGGGUGACGAGAAGGGUGCUGACCUUUGCGCGAGAUGGCUUAUUGCCCAGCUCAAGGUCAAUUUACGACCGUUGUGGUCUCCGGCGGCCGCUGCAUUGGCCUUCCUUGGCCAGAGAUUUGGAGAUCUAGUUUGGAGGCUGCUCUUCGACGAGGUGAAGAAAAUCGAGGAAGGUGCAUAUAUCGCUCUAUGUCAUGAGCUGUCGCCGUCACCUUCUCAGGAAAGAGGGCAGGAAGGGGUGGAUUCGGAUGGGCAUCCUGAUGAUGUCGAUGACCCUUGGGAGGAAGAAAGGACAUGGCGCGACCCAAGUGCACACAAGGUUCGCAGCAUUGUGAACGCUUGGGAUGACCCCCAAAGCACAAGGGCGAAGAUUUUGAAGGAACAAAUGUUGCAUGAUCGAUUGGAUCUUCGUUCGUACGAACACCAGCUGCUCGUAACUCUGGGUGAAUGUUCAUCCCUCGCGGAGAAGCACAACCGCGACCUGAUACCAUACUUCUUAUCGUUGAAUGGCCCGACCGACACCCCGACAAGCAAGCUGCCGAAAGCGAAGCUUAUCUCAUGGCUAACACUUUUUUCGAAGUUCUCCAACCCGAAGGCCCUCCAUGCUACGCAUACACUACGCACAUUGUACACCAACCUUCUUUCGCAUUCAGAUCGUUCAUUACAAACCAUCGCACUUUCCUGUCUCUUCACCUACAAAUCGCCGCAUCUGGUUCCAUAUGAAGAGCGUAUCCGCGCACUGCUGGACGACACUCGGUGGCGCGAUGAGCUGGCCCUUCUCACGAUCGACGACAUACCCGCGUCCGCACGCGCCGAGCUCAUCGAUGUUAUCAUUCGUUUGCUCUUCGGGGUGAUGCUGGAAAGGAAAGGCCGCGGCCGCGGGGCCGACCGCAGAGCAGCUGUUCUUGGUGCUCUUGCUGGAUGCGCUGACCCUGAGCUUGGUCUUCUGGUCGACUUGAUGAUGAAGCCUUUUGGCUGGAACCGUUCGUCGAUGAACGUUCGCGUCGCGGAGGGUGGGUUCUCUGUGGGCAGAAUUGACAUGGGUGAGGAAGGAGUGUCGGAAAAGCAGGUGGUCGGCUUUUUGACCCUGCUGGGUGAUGUGCUGAAGAAUUUGGGGUCGAGGCUCCUCGGAUUUUGGCCUGCGCUGCUUGGUUUGACGGUCAAUCUGACUAGCGAAGCGCAAAGAAGGAUUGAUCGGUCGAAUUUGGAGAAGCAGAAGGAAGUUAUUGUAGAGGGAGACGAUAUGUCCGAUGAGGAGAUGGAGAACAUCGAAGACUCUCAGCACACCCACUCACCUUCUAGGCUUGCCCGAACGAUUCGACAGCUAGGAUUGAAGCGCUUUGCAGACUUCUUCCGCAUACCCGUCAUUUUCGACUUUUCGCCCUACAUGGGUUCUGCCUUUGCGUCAUUUAUCAGUCCUCGGCUCCCUCUUCUGGAUCUGGAGAAUACUCAAGCACCGUCCGCCCUCCUGGAGCUCUUCUAUGUGUGGACAGUCGAUGGCAUAUAUAUAACCUUCCUCGUGGACUACGACUCCAAUACCCUUCCAAAGAUCUACGACUGCCUCGUGGCAACCAACGUCAAGCCCUCAGUUAUUUCUCGAAUAUUCGAUAUCGUCGACAACCUUCUACGUUCGGCGGCAGAUGAAGAGCAGAUAUCCGAACACGUCUUGAAGCCCCAUAUAUCCCGACUGCUGUCUAACCUCUCCAUUCUUGUCGAGAGGACGAAGGGCGUCUCCACUCUUUCGACUCCCUUAGGGCAACGUCAAAUCUUCAUUCUAUCGGAGAUCGCCCAAUACUCCAUUGAUGCCAACCAAGCUUCGACUCUGUUGGAGCUGUUCAACCCUCUGCUUCGUCGACCUUCCAAGUUUGUUCCCGAGAAAGUCAAGGCCAACCUCGUGAAGAUCAUCGGUAAGCUUCUGCGCUUGAUCCCAGAUCUAAGCAACAGAGACAGUUCAGUAUACCAGAAGACCUAUGGAUUGUUGGCUCAGCUGUUCCAAAGUCUUAAGUCUCGCCCGGCUCGGUUGAGUCUCGUUUCAGCCUUCCAGCGCCUGGCGGAAAUAGACACAGGACUUUCAGAUCUCGCGAAUCUUUUGGAGGCCAUGAAUUCGUACUCUCUUAAGAGGCUCGACGAGUUUGACUUCGAGCGAAGGCUCGAGGCAUUCACUACCCUGAAUGAGAGAUCAUACCAGUCUCUUUCAACGUCGGACUGGUUGCCGGUCUUGUACAACAUGCUCAACUUCAUCCAAGAUGCUGCCGAGCUCGCCGUCAGGAAUAACGCGUCCUACGCAAUGCGACACUUUAUCGACUUCGUGGCGGCCCAAAUAUCCCCUGACUACGACCAAAUAUUCCUUACAGUGCUCUACCCCGGGCUCAAGAACGGCUUGCGGUCGAAGAAUGAGCUUGUCCGCGUCGAAGUUCUCGGUGUCAUUGCCUACGCCGUGGAGAAAUGCGAGCACAUUUCUUCGUUGCAAGAGAUGCGAGUCCUGCUCGAAGGUGGCGACGAAGAAGCGAAUUUCUUCAACAAUAUCCUUCACGUCCAGGUCCAUCGACGUUCAAGGGCUCUACGUCGUCUUGCUGACCACUGCAAUGAGGGUCAUCUGCGGAGCUCGACCAUCGCGGAAAUUUUCGUCCCACUGGUUGGCAACUAUAUCACGUCUACUACCUCGGCCGAUCAUCACCUCGUAACCGACGCUAUCCUCGCAACUGGACGAAUGUCCAAAAGACUUUCUUGGGGUGGCUACUACGCCUUGGUGCAGAAGUAUCUCAAGUUAUCCAGAGCGAAGGAUGAGUCCGAGCGUGUAUACAUCAGAGCUCUAGUCUCUUUGCUCGACAAUUUCCAUUUCUCCAUGGACGAGACCGUUGCGGCUUCCGAAGGUAACGUGGAAGGGGAUGAGGAUGAGGAUGAUAUGGAAGGUGUCCAUCAAGCCGUCAACGAGCCAACGGAGCCCGUACCGCCUCUCCCUGAUGGGGGCCGGAGUAUUGCUCAAAUCGCUGAUGCUGUCAAUGUUCGCCUACUUCCCAACCUUUUGAACCAUCUCGAGAAAUAUGACGCCACCACUGACGACAACACCCGUAUUCCAAUCGCAAUCGGUAUUGUAACUGUGGCCAAACAUCUUCCCGCUGCAACUCGGGAGGCCCAAAUAACAAGACUGUUGACAAUCCUUAGUCAAAUCCUACGCAGCAGAUCUCAAGAGACUCGAGACUUAACCCGAGAGUCGCUCAGCCGUAUCGCCGCGAAUCUUGGUCCCGACUACCUCCCUGUUCUGUUUCGAGAACUUAGGGCUGCUCUUCUUCGAGGGCCCCAACUUCACGUCUUAGCCGUCGUUGGCCAUUCCAUUAUCCUCCACAUCACCACCGGUGAGAAUGCAGCCAACUUUCCCACACUCGACAACUGUGUCAACGACGUUGCGUACGUCUCUGCGGAGGUCAUUUUCGGUGAGUCUGGAAAGGAUGUUCAGUCGGAAGACUUCAAGACCAAAAUGCGAGAGGUUCGGGCAUCCUCAUCUCGCGGCCUUGACUCCUUCGCGAUCAUGGCGAAGCAUAUCACACCUUCCAAAGUCAGCAGUUUGUUGGCCCCUCUCAAAGCCAUCAUGCACGAGACAGAGUCGAUAAAAGUCAUGGGCCUCGUUGACGAGGUCCUGAGACGAAUAUCGACUGGUCUUAAUGGGAACCUUCAUUUGGUGCCCACAGAACUGAUCACCUUGUGCCACACGCUUAUCACGCAGAAUGCAAGGUUCCUCCAGCAGACCCCAUCUCGUAGGAAGACCAAUGCCAAAGGAGAAGCUAUCGUACAAACGAAGCGGCAAAUUGCGGUGGAUGUUGACCACUAUGCCAACAAUUCUUAUCGGUUCGUCGCCUUUGGACUAGAUCUCCUGCACAUUGCGUUCAAACGCACUCGGUUCGAUUUCCGCGAUGCCGCCGUCAUGACUCGCCUGGAGUCGAUGAUUGUUGUCGUUGGAAACACUUUGUACUCGACGAACUCAGUUGUCCUCACCCUCGGCAUGCGUUGUGCUGCCAGUCUCGUCAAGUGCCCCCUAAAGACCAUCCAGAACUCUCUUCCAGUCUUCGUGCGCCAAAUCCUUGACAUCGUCAAGUCCGCAGGAAACACAGAAUCUGAGCUUGUCCAAGUUGCCUUCAAGUGCCUUGCGACGAUUCUCCGUGAUGGUCCACCUGUUCAAGUGAAAGAGAAAGAUCUCGUAUUUUUGAUCGAAUUGCUUUCUCCGGACCUUGAAGAACCCGACCGUCAAGCCUCAGUUUUCACUCUCCUCCGGGCUAUUGUUGCACGGAAGUUUGUCGUUCCAGAAAUUUAUGACCUCAUGGAAAAGGUGUCGGAAGUUUCCGUGACAAGUCAAUCUCCCCAAGUUCAGGAACUUUGUCGCGGGGUGCUCCUCCAAUUCUUACUCGACUAUCCUCAAGGCAAGGGCCGACUUGGGAACCAGAUGGCUUUUUUCGCGAAGAAUCUUUCUUAUGUCCAUGAGACUGGUCGAGCAAGCGUCAUGGAAAUUCUUAGUGCCGUUAUCGUCAAGUUUCAAGCCAACCUAAUACAGGAAUACGCUGAUUUGUUGUUCGUAGCUCUAGUAAUGGUGCUCGCGAACGAUGAAUCUGCUAAAUGUCGCGAAAUGGCUGCGCACCUCGUCAAAAACCUAUGGACCCGGUUGGACGACGAGCGUCGUGGCAUCCUCUUCUCUCACCUGCAUUCCUGGGCUUCACAAACUACACAGCCGCUUCUCACUUGGGUUUCUGCCCAAGUUUAUGGGUUUGUUGUCGAUGUCAUGCAAGCCGAGUCGGCCUCAUACAUUCCGGCGAUUCUUCAUGACCUCAAAGCUUGUCUGCACCGCAGUGCUACUUCUUUUGUCGCCGAACAAGAGGAUGAAGAGAAUGUGCAGAUGGAGGUGGAAAUGAUGUGGCAGCUCCCAUAUCACUCCUUGACGGUACUAUCAAAAGUUCUUCGCAUCUUCCCUACGUCGGCCACAGAAGAAGGCAAGAUUUCUUGGAACCUUGUCGUUGAGCACCUCCUCUUUCCACACGCGUGGGUCCGGACGGCUGCUUGCCGCCUCCUGGGACACCUGUUUAGUGUUGUUCCUGUCGCGGCCCCUCGUACAGACGUACCAGAAGAACAUCCAUUCUCACGUGCUGGCAUGCAGGAGAUCGCGAGGAAGCUCACCCAACAACUCAAGAGCGAGCAUCUGGAUGAGGCCUCGAGCCUGCAGAUCGUCAAGAAUCUAUUUUAUCUGGGCAAAUGUUUCUGCCUCAUCCAAGUUGACGAUUCCAGGGCAAUUGGCGAGAAUGGGGACAACAUUCUAGAUAAAGAUGCUUCAGCUCUUGUUAAUGGCGGGCAGGUGAAAGGGGUUGAAGACGCUUUAAGAAGGCUUCAUAGCCCACUGCCUUGGUUGUUCUCCAAGUUAUCUUACCAAAUCAAGUCAGGCCAUAUCGCAAGAAGAAACCGAGCUGCAGUCAAGCCCAAUUGGUCUCAACAACCGCUUGCAGGAUUGCGUUGGUUCGCUGCCAUGUCCUCGCAUAUGGAACCGCAGCAAUUGGAAAAUUUUCUCAUUCACAUGCUGACGCCCAUUUAUCGCCUGACCGAGGAUGAUACCAUCCGAGACUCACAGAUGGAGGAGUUGAAAACCACAGCGGUUGAGCUACAGGAUCUCAUCCAAUCUCGGGUGGGUGCAACGAAGUUCUCCAAUGUAUACAGUCAGAUUCGGCAGAGUGCGCUCGGGGUGAGGCGAGAACGGAAGGUGGCAAGGGUGUUACAGGCUACGACUAAUCCUGAGGCUGCUGCGAAAAGGAAGAUGCAGAGAAACAUCAUCAAGAAGGAUAGUCGGAAGAGGAAAGAAAGCGGCUUCUUGGAAGCGAAGGGCAAAUUCAAGAGGCGGAAGCAGGAGUAA